UAUAAAUCAGGACUGGUCGUGGAAUUGAAGCCAUACUAUACUAAGGUCGACAGCGAAGCUACUCUACUGAGUCGUCGUGAUAAGCGUUUAUUCGUCAUGUUAGGAGUGGCUGUCUUCGCGCUUUCCUUGUGUUCUGUUUGGUGUGAAUAUGUACAAGAUGAAGGUGAUUCGAUGGUUGGGGAUAUGCGGCUGACCCCACAACAACGCAUGUUCAUCGAAACUGGAAUAGCAUCACGUGGUACAGUGACCAAGCCAUGGCCUAACAACGAGGUUCCUUACGUCAUYGAUGGGUCGGUUGCUGGAGCAAGAGGCGUCAUCAUGAGCGCCAUGGAAGAAUGGUCCAGGAAAACUUGUAUUCGCUUCAAACCAAGAACCAAUGAACGAGGAUUCAUACGAUUCUUUGCCGAAAAAGGCUGUUGGUCAAAUGUUGGUCACCAAGGUUACGAACAACGAAUAAGUCUCCAGGCCAGAGGAUGUUGGCAUCAUGGCAUAGUUGUUCAUGAAAUCGGUCACGCACUUGGUUUCUGGCACGAACAAAACCGACAAGACCGYGACACCUACGUCACGAUUCACCAUCAAAACAUCCAACCAGAUGCUAGAAGCAACUUCUUCAAGCUUCGUUCUACCUCCACGAGUACUCCUUAUGACUAUGGAAGCAUCAUGCAUUACGGCGCCAAGGACUUCACCAUCAAUGGAAAGCUCACUAUUGAAGUCAAAAGAAAAGGGGUUUCGAUUGGACAGCGAAAUGGACUCAGCGAAAUGGACGUCAUGCAGGCUCAGAUACUUUUCCAAUGCCCUGCUG